AGCUGCUGGAGACUCUCGCGAGAAGAUGGUCUCGGUGGCUGUUCGGGAGUCUUCUCGCGAGGUUUCGGCCGCGGUGAGGCGGAGCGCUGCCGUCGCUAUGGAGCAGUCGCUGCACGGCCCGCCGGGGCUUUUCACUAUCCUGGCGAAGACGGACUGGGCUGAGCCCUGGCUGCUGGGGCUGGCAGUUUUUCACGUCCUCUGUUUCCUCCUGACGUGCUUCUCUUUCCAGCACUACCGGGUGCAAAUAGGGCACUUUCUGUGCAUGGUGGGUUUAGUGUACUGUGCUGAAUAUAUAAAUGAAUUAGCAGCCAUGAACUGGAGGCUGUUUUCUAAAUACCAGUACUUUGAUUCAAGAGGAAUGUUUAUUUCACUAGUAUUUUCAGCACCUCUGCUGGUGAAUACUAUCAUAAUUGUGGUCAACUGGGUUUACAGAACUUUAAAUGUAAUGACUGAACUGAAGACGCUACAGCGGAGAAUUAAAGCAGAAAAAGAUAAGAAGAAGUGAAAGUGUCUAAUACUUUCUUUCCUUUUUUUACAUUUUCAUAGUACUUCUCCACGUAAUCUGUCCUUCUGUAUAUUUAUUCAGAAGCAGCAAUUUUUUUGUCUGAUAUCUGGGACUUUGCAGCUUGUGGCUAUGGACAGUGAUGAAAACAAGUACCCAUAGUACAUCUAAUCUUCUCAGUGAAAUUGAGAAAACUGGGCUUACUCGGUCUUCGUGUCCUUCAGUGCAAGCUAAUUUUUCACCGUGACCAAAUGUAUUAAUAGCAUUGAGGAAGAACCUUUCAGUUUCCAUUUGCCUAUAUCUUUUUUUUUUCCCAAAAAACUAUGUCUUAACUGUAUUUAUCAACUAUCCAGUCUUCUGUUAACGUAUGCCAGCUGGAGCUAUGUUGUGAAUUCAAGUAAAUGGAAGGAUUAUAUUCAGAAUACCUCAGGAAUCCAUGCUUCUGUGAAGCAUUUCACUUCUUUAUAAAUCAUGUUUCAUACUUCCUAUAUGUAUUGUAUGUCAAUGGAUAGUUCUGAUACAGUAGCAUUUUAUAAAUAAAAAUAUCCACGGUAUCUUAAGUAGAUUUUUUUAAAAAUCUUUGUCUCAUAAAAAUUACUGGUUUUGUAAAAUCUUGUAUUUAAGUUGUGUAAGUAAUUCAAAUCGUGAUUUUAAUGCAGUUAUAUAAAUACCGUUUCUUAAACUGGAUGAAAUUUUGAUGAUCUCUUUCCCUUAUUUGAAGAAUAGAAGGGAAAGGGAAAAGCUUUAAGAAUGUUCUACAUUAUUUUGUUCAUAAUUUUUAAUAAAUUACCGAGAAGUCAUA